AUGGUGAAAGAAACCACUUACUAUGAUGUUUUGGGGGUCAAACCCAAUGCCACCCAAGAACUGAAAAAGGCUUACAGGAAACUGGCCUUGAAGUACCACCCUGAUAAGAAUCCAAAUGAAGGCGAGAAGUUUAAACAGAUUUCUCAAGCUUACAAAGUGCUCUCUGAUGCAAAGAAAAGGGAAUUAUAUGACAAAGGAGAACAGGCAAUUAAAGAAGGCGGAGCAGGUGGCGGUUCUGGCUCCCCCAUGGACAUCUUUGGUAUGUUUUUUGGAGGAGAAGGCAGGAUGCAGAGAGGAGAGAUUGUCAAGCAUGGAGAUAUCAAGUGUGUGCUAAAUGAAGGCAUGCCAAUUUACCGUAGGCCAUAUGAAAAGGGUCACCUAAUCAUUGAAUUUAAGGUAAACUUUCCUGAGAAUGGCUUUCUCUCUCCUGAUAAACUCUCUUUGCUGGAAAAACUUCUGCCUGAGAGGAAGGAAGUAGAAGAGACUGAUGAAAUGGACCAGGUAGAAUUAGUGGACUUUGAUCCAAAUCAAGAAAGACAGCGCCAUUACAAUGGAGACGCAUAUGGGGAUGAUGAACAUCAGCCUCGGGGUGGUGGUCAGUGUCAGACCUCUUAG